AUGGCGACACAAUGUUCCAGCUGCCAUCACAAACUUCCUAACAGAGAACAUUUAGUCUGUACAAUCUGCAAUAACAUAUAUGAUUUGGAAUGUGCAAAUGUAUCUGUUCAGCGCUUUUAUAACACAAUGACAUUGUCACACAAAAAGAAAUGGAAGUGUAAAAAAUGUAAAACUACUAAUAUACCAGAUAGUACACCUAUAACAAAUAAUACAAAAUCUACACAACUAAAUCCUAAUAGCAGCGUCCGGCAAUAUAUUGGUACCCCACAAAGUGAAAGCAACAUCACUAUAAGAAAAAAAGUAGCAUUAUCGAAUAGAUUGGAGAGUUCCGAUAAAUUUCGUGAAACACUACAUUCCAGUAAAAGCAUUGAAAACACAGAACUAAACAUGGUAAGCAUAGAUGAGAUUAUAACUUCACGAUUGGAGGAGAAUAACACAAUUCUUAGUAGCGAUUUAAAAAAUAUAAUGAAAAGUGAAAUUGAUAAAGCUGUAGAAAAAAUAAUAAACAAUCUUAAAGAAAAUUUGGGGAAUUACUACGAUAAACUUCAAAACAAUAGUAGGAAAAUCGUACUGUAUGGUUUUACUGAAUAUAAUAGGGAACAUGAGACCGAUGCAUACAAUAGACUACUACAAACUUUUCAAGACAUAGCAAAUAUAAACUUGGUGGGAUACAUUGACGACAUAUAUAGGCUUGGUAAAAAAUAUAAUACAAAUAGACCCUUGGUUAUCGAGUUAUUAAGUAAAAAAAUGGUGAAAUACAUAAUAAAUAGUAGUCGAUAUUUUUAUGGUACUGGAUUAUACAUCUCUGAGUACUUAGAUAGAGACGCUCAAAAGGAAAAAAUGGCUCUGCGAGAACAAAUGUUUCUAUCUAGGAAUAGAGGAAAUCAUGCAAUAAUACGUAAUAAUCAACUAUUUGUGGAUGGAAAAAGGAUUAACUGGCAAAAGAAGGAAAAAACGAUUUUUGAAACUAGCAAUGGCGAAGAGCAUGAUAAUACAGUAGAAUUUAACAAUAGUCAAAUAAACUUAGCAACAAAUAAUAAUAGAAUUAGUACCUUUCGUACCUUUCGCAAAAAUCGAUCCGUGCUUUAGUAUAAUAUUCCAAAAUUUGCAAAGUCUUUAUAAUAAACAAAAUAUAUUAGAAGCCUUCAUAAAUCAGCAUCCAAUCUACGAAGCAAUUUGUAUAACUGAAACUUGGCUGACAAAGGAAAAGUAUAAGCUAGUUGCUCUUAGCGGAUAUAUAAAGGCAGCUUCCUUCUGUCGAGAAACAAGAUGCGGAGGAGGCGUCUGUAUUCUACUGCAGGAAAAUAUUGAAAACAUAGAAGUGAAGGAGAUCUCCGAAAUGUCUAGAGAAUACGUAUUGGAAGUUUGCGCAACAGAAUUAACCAAAAUAGAUACAUUAUUGAUUGUAAUGUAUUGGAAUGGAAGAGAGGA